AAUCCUCCAAAUACUCGCAAGAAAUCAAUUCUCUUUGAUCUAAUUAAUCAAUCAAAUUCUUUUACAAUUCUCAAUCGAUCAGCAAUACGAUCAUCACUCUGCUUGGCUCCUUCUCUCCCUUCUUUUUUCUUCUCAAAUUCCUCUCUGAUAACUUUGUUCUUGAUUUUUGUUUGUUUUCUAUCAAACCCUACUAGUUUAUAUAACUGGGUUUUUGUUGUUUGUUGCAAUUAUUUUUUGCAGGUUGGGUUCUUCAUGGAUCCAAGAUUAACAAUGCAUUCUUGUAACAAGAUUCAUUCUCGUAGCCCUCUUCAAAGAAAGAACUCCUGCGACAACUUGGAUAGGUUUAUACCAAAUAGGUCAGCAAUGGACUUGGGGUAUGCUCAUUACAUGUUGACGGAAGGGAAGAAAGGCAAGAAGAAUCCGACCACAGUUUGGGAUUCGCCCUCGAGAGAGGCUUAUCAGAAGCAGCUAGCAGAUGCUCUUAAUAUGAAUCGGACUCGUAUUUUAGCCUUCAAAAAUAAGCCGCCUACUCUUAUUGAUCCAAUCCCGCAUGAGUUUUUUUCACCACCUCUAUCAGCUACUGCACGUAACUCUAAAACUGUCAAGUCCAGGCGCCAAAUUCCUCAGACAUCGGAGAGGACAUUGGAUGCGCCUGACCUAAUUGACGAUUUCUACUUGAAUUUGUUGGAUUGGGGUACUGGCAAUGUGCUUGCAAUUGCUCUUGGGGACACGGUGUAUUUGUGGGAUGCUUCAGAUUGUUCUACCUCAGAACUUGUGACUGUUAAUGGUGAAGAUGGUCCUGUUACUAGUGUGAGCUGGGCUCCAGAUGGACGUAACAUUGCCAUCGGCUUGAACAAUUCUCACGUCCAGAUUUGGGACUGCCAUUCUAGUCGACUGCUAAGAACAUUAAGAGGUGGCCACCCAUCACGAGUAAAUUCACUAGCUUGGAACAGUCACAUUCUUACAACUGGUGGAAUGGAUGGACAAAUCAUCAAUAAUGAUGUAAGAGUAAGAGAACACAUUGUUGAAACAUACAGGGGUCACCAGCGGGAAAUUUGUGGACUGAAGUGGUCAGAUUCAGGCCAGCAACUAGCCAGCGGAGGAAAUGAUAAUCUAGUUUUUAUAUGGGACAGAUCAUCAGCAUCUUUACGCUCUCCAACUCAGUGGCUUCAUAGGAUUGAUGAGCAUAGAGCUGCAGUAAAAGCUCUGGCUUGGUGUCCCUUCCAGAGCAAUCUAUUAGCAUCUGGGGGAGGUGGAGGUGACAGGUGCAUAAAGUUCUGGAAUACGCAUACUGGCGCAUGCUUGAAUUCAGUAGACACUGGCUCGCAGGUUUGUUCUCUUCUGUGGAACCAACACGAGCGUGAGCUGCUGAGCUCUCAUGGCUUCACUGAGAAUCAGCUGACUCUUUGGAAAUACCCAUCAAUGGUAAAGAUGGCUGAGCUUAAGGGUCAUACCUCUAGAGUACUCUUCACGACUCAGAGCCCGGAUGGAUACACUGUAGCAUCUGCAGCUGGGGAUGAGACCCUGCGAUUUUGGAAUGUGUUUGGAACACCAGAAGCGGCAAAACCUGCUACGAAAAAAACAAUCUCGGAACCUUUUGCUCAUAUAUCACGCAUCCGUUGAUGAUGAUUGCUGAACAAGUGAUUGGCUUUUUUUGGUGAAAGAGGAACAAGCAGAACAUUGGUACACAUUUUUGUUAUUUCCUUGUUUGUUAUCUCUCUUAGGAUCCUGUUAUAGAAAAAAAAAUCAUAGUAUAUGACUGCCCAUAUGAUGUAAAUGCAUUCUGUUUCAUACUAUUAUUUAGUGAUAUACUCUUGACCUUUUUUUUUUCCUGAAAUGUGUAUAGUUACGGUCACCUUUUACCAGGAUGGAAUGACCAUCUCGUUGAACCUUGUAAAUUACUCUAAUUUAUAAAUUCCAAAAGAAAAUAGUAAUUUGUGCUUA